AUGUUGAUCGACACCAAAAGCAAAGCCGCAGGUGGGUCAGGAAACGUCAACAGUUUUGCGCCUAACACCAUCGACGGCGCGCUCCUUCACAACGACGCAGAGUUUUUCUUGUAUGGAGGUGUCCUUGCUAAGCGGUCAGACUCAUAUGGUUCUCCGCCUGGUGACAAGGUAAUGGUAUGGCGUAUGCACGAAUACGGUCCAGAGAAGCCUUCAUUUCGAAAUGGCAGCAGCGACAUGGUGUCCCUUGAGGGCGAUAUGACGCAGUAUGUUGCCCAUGGAGGGGCUGCCAGUGCCCCCUCAGAGAACAAGGCCUGGUAUGUAGGCGGCAUGCGCUCGCCUCUCGGAGGAGAGAUUUACAUGGGCGACACGAACCGUUCAUUGAACGCCGUCAACGCCUCGAAUUUCCUCGUCACUCUUGAUAUGUCUGAACAGUUAUUCGAGAAAUUCUCGAACCAGUCGUUUCCAGAAUAUAUCAAGGCAAGAGCAAAUUCAGAGGUUGUUUGGGUCCCCGUCGGAGACGAAGGCAUUCUCGUUGUUCUGGGAGGUGUGACCUACCCCGAGUAUGUCAACUCCAGUCACAAGUCCGACGAUGCUUUCAAGAGUCAACAAGAUAGCCCUGCUUUCAUGGAGACCAUCGACAUCUACGACGUGGCUGGCAACAAAUGGUAUCAGCAGACGACCGAGGGAACAAAGCCUCCGGCCCUUGCCCGAGGCUGUGCUGUCCUCGCACCGGCACAAGAUUACUCAAGCUUCAACAUCUAUUACUAUGGCGGGUACGAUGGCAUCAACGCCAAGGAAGACUUCAGCGACGAUGUCUGGGUUCUCUCCAUUCCGUCCUUUCAGUGGACCAAGGUAUAUGAGGGAAAAGCCCUUCAUGCGCGCGCCGGCCAUCAGUGUGUGAUGCCUUACCCUGAUCAGAUGAUGGUCAUUGGUGGCUACACAGCGAUUUCAGGCGGAGGUUCCCCGCCGUGCCUCGAGGGAGGCAUAAUUCAAGUGUUCAAUCUAUCGAGUGCAGAAUGGCUCGAUGGGUACAGUCCGGCUAAAUGGUCAAACUACACCAUACCCACUGCCGUCGUCAGCAAGAUCGGAGGCGACGAGAAGGGAUCGGCGACCAAGACAGAACCCGAGGGGUCCGGAUGGGCAGAUCCAAGCCUGGCGGCCAUCUUCGCGAAGCCGUAUGAAACCUCGAAGAUCAAGACAUGGUACCCCUACACCGAAACGAAAGAAACUCCUCGUCCUACCGUACCAGCCGAUGGAAACAAUGAUGGUGGCGGUGGAGGUGGAACCCCGAAGUGGGUUGCCCCCGUUCUCGGCGUCGUCCUUGGUCUUGUUUUCAUCACCGCUAUUCUUGUUGGGUUUUGCCUCUGGCGUCGCCGGAGAAUCCUCAGACGCGGCAACGGGACCGCGACCCAGACGGAUGACAACGGCUCUCGCAUCAUCUCCUGGAUUAGGGGACAACCAAGCGAGCCGGCCAAGGCGCCCACUGUCACGACUGAAGAGGCACCUUCUACUCAAGACAUGGCUGAAGUCCGCACACCACCUCUAGCGCCUGCUGCAUCACCCGUGCCAUAUUAUUUUGCCCAUGAAGUGGCCGAUAAUCAAAUUGCUGAGCUUCCAGAUACGUCUCCACGCCCAGAGCUUCAUGGCGUCGGUCUAACGCCAGUUGAAAUCAUCAACAAACACACCCACUUCGGUACCGGCACCGGCACCGGCUCUAACCCUGGAACCACUCACCAGUCAUCCUACUACGCCUCCGUUUCCAGCAACGAGAACGCCUCCUCCCUUUCUCGCUCUUCUGGUGUUAUUGGCUACCAGACCCGGGCCCAGUCACCCGAUCCAGGCUCGCCAUCAUCACCGAUCAGUACGGCCACGCCCGCAGGCCGCAUUGGAUCCGACGUCUCAGGCAUUGCUGACCGCGACGCAAGGCACCUGAGGCACCUCAGCGAGGCGACAGUAAGCUCGGCUUCGUCAGGCGGCGAGCAAGGUGGGUCCACGGCGCGGGAGCAGCCGCUUGGGGUGCCAGAUACGGUGCCCGAGACGCCCACGCCUGGACACCCGAGCCCGCUGAGUCCGCCGACAGGGGCGUCAGAUGGGGAGGAUUAUAUCAGUGCGAGGUUGUUGCCUGUUAGCCCGACUGGCGAGGCGACAUUGAGGAAGAGCAUGUUUCAUGAGAGUGAGGAUGAUCUUGGGUCGAGGAAAUGA